AUUUCACGGACCCUUCACAUGAGAUGUCAGGAGACAUGGGUGCUCCGUGGAAACUGGGGGCACUAGGGGGUCAUCUUCCUCUAUCUACUGGUUGACCACCACCCACCCUGAGAGCCUGUUUGAGGAGGUUCACGUGGUAACAGGCCAGUGGCCCCCAGUGUCAUGCAGUUUUCAAAGGGCGCCUGAGCCUUAGAAGAGACUUGGGAGAGCAGAAACCCCAGGUGGGAAGGAGGGGGUCCAGAUCUCAGGGGGACCGACCUAGACCUCCCAGAUGCCUCCCCGCUUUGAGAUUCUGAGAAGGUCCGGGCUAUGUCGCCAGUUUCCAAACCCGAGUGAGGGCCACGCCAUCACGGACGCCAGCCUGACGUGUCCGUGUCCAUGUCCAACGACAGGGCCCCAAGAGAGGAGCCCUAGCCCAGGGCCACUCUUUGAGGGCCCGGCUCCUGCCGCCCCUCCCCCGGUGCCCUCAGUCCUCAGGCGCGGUCCCGGGGGAUGGGGGUGGGGGCGGCGAAGGUUUCGGUGCGCUGGGGCCGGGACUGAAGGCUCAGGUUCGGGAGUGCGGGGGCGACUGGACCCAGCGGGAGGGGGCGGGGGUGAGCGGAUGAUGCAACUGCCCCUCGGCGCCUCCCGCGCCCCCAGAUUGGCCGGUUCCAGGGCGGCCGCGCCGCGGAUUGGCUGGGGCGGGGGGCCCCCCGGCGCUGGGUGCCGCGUGGCGGGCGCGCAGCUGCGGACAGGGGGAGACUCGCACCGAGUAACUGGCUGCUCCUGCAGAGACGGUGCCAGCUGUGAGGGCAGUGGGCGCAGGCCUCCAGACACCAUGAGCGUGGGCUUCAUCGGGGCUGGCCAGCUGGCCUUUGCCCUGGCCAAGGGCUUCACAGCAGCCGGUGUCCUGGCUGCCCACAAGAUAAUGGCCAGCUCCCCAGACAUGGACCUGGCCACUGUUUCUGCCCUCAGGAAGAUGGGGGUGAACCUGACGCCCCACAACAAGGAGACCGUGCAGCACAGUGAUGUGCUCUUCCUGGCGGUGAAACCACACAUUAUCCCUUUCAUCCUGGAUGAGAUUGCCGCCGACAUUGAGGAUCGGCACAUCGUGGUGUCCUGUGCAGCUGGUGUUACCAUCAGUUCCAUCGAGAAGAAGCUGACAGCGUUCCAGCCGGCCCCCAAAGUCAUCCGCUGCAUGACCAACACGCCGGUCGUAGUGCGGGAAGGAGCCACUGUGUAUGCCACGGGCACCCACGCCCAGGUGGAGGAUGGCAGGCUCCUGGAGCAGCUCAUGAGCAGUGUGGGCUUUUGCACGGAGGUGGAGGAGGACCUGAUUGAUGCUGUCACGGGACUCAGCGGCAGCGGCCCAGCUUAUGCAUUCACAGCCCUGGAUGCACUGGCUGAUGGGGGUGUGAAGAUGGGGCUUCCAAGGCGCCUGGCAGUCCGCCUCGGGGCCCAGGCUUUGCUGGGGGCCGCCAAGAUGCUACUGGACUCCGAACAGCACCCAGGCCAGCUCAAGGACAACGUCUGCUCUCCCGGUGGGGCCACCAUCCACGCCUUGCACGUGCUGGAGAGCGGGGGCUUUCGCUCCCUGCUCAUCAAUGCCGUGGAGGCCUCUUGCAUCCGCACACGAGAGCUGCAGUCCGUGGCCGACCGGGAGAAGGUCUCACCAGCUGCCAUCAAGAAGACCAUCCUGGACAAGGUGAAGCUGGACUCCCCUCCCGGCACCUUACUGGCCCCUUCUGGCCACUCCAAGCUGCUGCCCCGCAGCAUGGCCCCGGCAGGCAAGAAGGACUGAGGUGUCCAACCUGCCCGCAGGCCACUCUCUGCCUUUUCCUCCUGGGCUCGGAGCUCUGUGCUGGGAGUGUCUAGCCCCAGGCCUCACAGGAUGUCCUCACAUCCCCCGUGGCUCUGAUCCACUUGGGUCAGUGGAGCUGUAGCCAGGGAGGGGGCACAUCACUUCCCAGUGGGAACCUCCAUGGUCCCCAAGUGUGUCCUGGUCCAGAACAAGGAAGGAUUCUCUGACCUAAGCCUCCCCCUUCCUCUGCCCCAAACCAGGUCAGGACCACCUUCCUCCAGGGCUUGGGGGGCUUCAGCACCCAGUGUCAGCUGGCUUGGGCUUGAGUACAAAGGUCAAGGUCCCCCCCGACCCACCCCACCCCAACCAUGAAGGCCCAGCCAAGGAGAGAGCUUGAUCCCACUCCUGCCCUUUCUCCACUCUGCACUCCUUCCUCAGUGUGGGAAGGGCCAGAGGGUCCCUGGAAUCCAGCAAAAGGGCCCAUGGUUCUUGGCCAGCGUGACAUUUGAGAAAAGGGCUCCUCAGAUGGUUGAACGCCCGAGGCCCCAAUACACUCAGGCCAUCAUCUCCCAUUCCUGGUCCAACCAACAGAUGCUGUCAUUUCUGUCUCUGACUUUUCAGGUUAAAUAAAUUCGUUUUCAGCCCCAGUG